AUGCUGCAAGCCUUGCUCACAUUCGGCCUAGUGGAGGCAGUGACCGAAGCUAAAGUUGCUGAGAGUACCCUGCUCCGUACUGUGACCAGCAGUGAGAAUCCAAAGAAAACUCGCAUAGUGAUCACUAGUACAAAUAUCCCCGCACUGCUUGAUAACUGGCGAUCCCGCAUUCGAGCCCUGGGAGACAGCGACCAGGCUCGCCAGUGGGCUAGUCGAGUACAGACAGCGCUCAAACAGGCCCUGGCGCUGCUCGAGAUAGAGGUGAUGCAUCCAAGAUUAAGCGUGUUUCGCACCGCGCGGUUGGAUGAAUGCGACUAUGCGCAGGUCUUGAUGCAGAUCGGGUCUCUAGCUGAGAUGUUGGUCUCGUCAAGUUACGUCUUUCCAGUGAAAACACCGCGUCAAGGUUUCUCGUGGACUUUUCUUCUCACACCACACAGGGUGAUAAGAGAUGAUAUGCUGUUAAAGGGGUGGUGUCCGUUUACAAUUAAGAUGCUAUCUCAGACUGUCAAGAUGUUGGCAUACGCCAGUGUCUGCCCGCCGGUGGUUCGGGAAUCGUCCAGGGGCCAUGGGCAAUGCAGCGGGAAAGGCUGCGUGGUUAAUAAUAUAUCGGACCCUGGCAACUACGAACCGCGACAUGUGGUGGGAAGAUGCGUGUGCGAGAAGCUUGCGGCGGGGGACAAAGUGAUUAAUCUGCUCUUAAAGGGUAAAGUUCCAGUCAUCGAGAGAAACCCGGCAACGCAAAAUCGGUUAUGCGCAGUGGACGCCGCGAGUACAAAUUACGUCGCUAUAUCUCAUGUAUGGGCCGACGGACUUGGAAGCACAGCUGAAGUGGGCAUUCCUUCAUGCCAGAUCGACAGGUUAAUGUCAAUGACCCAGAAAAUAGUGCCAAGUGGGACUUUCUGGCUAGACUCCCUUUGUGUUCCAGAACGGAAAGAUAUGAGGAAAAAGGCCAUAGGUCUAAUGGCACAGACAUAUCGAAACGCAGCAGCUGUGUUGGUGCUCGACUUGGCUAUUCAAUCCACUUCCCUAUCAAUGCCACGAGAGCUGAAAUUAUUAAGGAUUCUGUCCUCGGGCUGGAUGCAGCGACUAUGGACGCUCCAGGAAGGAAUUCUGGCAAACGAAGUAAUUUUUGCCUUAACAGACGGACUAGUGACCUUGGCAGAGCUCAUUCCCAGCGGGCAAGAUCUCUUCAACGGGGUGGUGGCCGAUCUUGCGAGUGAGGUAUUCCGGCUUCAGAAAUACAAACAGAGAGUUCUCACCAUUAGUGACAUUUCCGCCGCUCUUCGCUGGAGAAUGACCAGUAAGUCCGAGGACGAAGUAUUGGCAAUAUCGGGACUGUUAAAUGUGGAUGCGUAUACACUGGCCGGCCUGUCCGCGGAGAAGCGCAUGUCUACAUUUCUUUUGGAAGUUCGCCAGCUUCCAUAUAAUAUCAUCUUUCUCUCCGGCGCCAAGCUGAACGAGCCUGCUUUUCACUGGGCCCCGACAACAUUCAUGCGAGCGGUUGAGACGACUCUCAGUUUUGGUUUGGGCCAGGUCAUUUGCACAGCCACGGGCCUUUUGGCGGAAUAUCCGGCGAUUUACUUCCCCAGUACGACCGUGGAUAGCCAGCCCAACUGGUUUAUCCGAGACUCGGCUAACGAGCGGAUCUACAAGUUGAUCGAUCUAUACCUGGGAAAAGAUGCGGAAGUGAUCGGCGUCCCUUCCAGCUAUCGUUGUAACGUCGUGCUGUUGCUGGAAGUUCCAGGGUCUUAUCAGACGACCUACGGUGCAGCUGUCUGGGGAAAUUCCGAGCCAUCUGCGGAUGUUGAGGAUGAAGAAAAUAGAAUUGUUUGUGAAUUUCAGAAACGAAUCGUCUUUCAACAUAUCACGGAAAGCGAGCUGGAUGGUGAAACAUCACCGUUGAUCGUACAGGGCAAGUUUAGGCGGAUGAAGGUUAAAAUUAUAUAA